CAUUCCCUGUUAUCAGGUGGUGGUGGAGGUCCGGUUUCGUCGUCGUCGUCGUCGCUCUGCUUCAGCUCUACGCAAAUCGAGACCGAAACGCAGCGUUUAAGGUCCAUCGCUACCUCGCAUGGUUCAGCCAUGGAGCUCAAAACCCUAACCAUCGCAUCCCCUCCGAAGCAGCACCACCACCGGCACCUCUCUCUGCUCCGCCACAGGGGAUUGCUGUUUUCAGCCAGGGCAUUUCUGGUUCUUGUGGUUUUGUCUUGUACUGUUUUCAGCUUGGCGACAUGUGAAAGCUCUGGUAAUGGGUUGCACAAAUUAUAUGGAGAUGACUGUGGCUCAUAUGGAGAUAACUUUGAUGUAGCUCCUGCAGAUAGUUUUCUUAGUGGUACCCCCUCGGACAAUGGAAUGCAAAGAGGCGGCUUCAACAGUGAGAGUGUUUGUAAGAGUUCUCUUUCCUUUUGCUUUCCGUCAACAUUACCCUGUUUUCGGGAGCAUAAGCUCAAACUUGCUGAUAGAGAAGUUUCUGGGAGUCAGUUUGAUGAACCAUCAUGUGUAGGAUCAACUGAAAACAGCAAUUUGGCAAGUAACAAAAGUUGGUCAUCAGACAACGGUAUGUUUAAGUUGUUCAAUGGGGGGAUAGUUUCUUGUUCUUUGAUCUCCAAAGAGGCUACUAAUGAGUUUUCAUCCAUUCAAACCGAUAGUGCUAAUCAAAAUGAUCUUUCUUCAUGUAGAGGGCCUUUGCUCUAUCAAAAAAGCACAAGUUAUAGGUCGGAGAAGACCACUGAGAUGACCAAAUCUAACUCUUUUGGUGGCUCUUCCUCACCCCAUGUAGAAAUUAACCCUGCUGUGUUAGAUUGGGGAAAGAAGUAUAUGUAUUUUCCGUCCUUAGCUUUCUUAACUGUGGCAAAUACAUGCAAUGACAGCAUUCUACAUGUUUAUGAGCCAUUCAGUACCGACAUACAAUUCUAUCAUUGCAAUUUUAGUGAGGUUGUGUUAGGACCUGGUGAAAUAGCUUCAAUUUGUUUUGUAUUCUUACCUAGAUGGUUGGGCCCGUCCUCUGCUCACAUAAUUUUGCAGACAAGUUUUGGUGGUUUCUUGAUUCAGGCUAGAGGACUUUCCAUUGAGUCCCCUUAUGGAAUCCACCCUCUAUCAAGCCUGAAUGUUUCUCCCAGGGGAAGGUGGAGUAAUAAUUUGUCUUUGUAUAAUUCCUUUGAUCAACAUUUACAUGUGGAGGAAGUAACUGUAUGGAUAUCAGUGUCUCUAGAGCAUACUUCCCAUUAUGCAGAGGCAGCAUGUAGCACCAGAAGAGAUCAAGGCUUGAAUGAGGUGGGUGUACUGAAUGUUAAAGAUCGUCUUGUUGUGAGUACUGGUCAGGUUGAUUUGCCUCUGCUGGAAAUGAGGCCCCUUAGAAACUGGGAGAUUGGUCCGCACAGCAGUGAAACUAUCAUAGAAAUUGACUUCUCAAUUGAAUCUAGAGGAAAGAUCUUUGGUGCAGUUUGUAUGCAGUUGCUAAGAUCUUCACAGGAUAAGUCCGACACUAUUAUGCUUCCUUUUGAAGUUGAAGUGGGCCAAACGGCAGUGAAUGAUGAUGAUCUUGGAGGACCUAUCGUAGCAUCUCUUGAGGUUUUACACCCACGGGCUGGCAAUGAAGCUGUCGUUGCAAUAUCGCUGAAAAAUUGUGCGCCUUAUAUUUUGAGAGUUCUUGAAGUAACUGAGAUUGCAGAUAGUAAAAUCUUCCAGAUCAAGCACAAUGAGGGCCUACUGCUUUUCCCUGGCACUGACACAUAUGUAGCCGUAAUUACUUGUACUGACCUGCAUGUUGAAGAUGGACAGUGUAAAUUACUUGUACUGACAAAUGACUCAAGCAGCUCGCAGAUUGAAGUUCCUUGUGAGGAUGUUGUUCAAAUUUGUUCUAGAGGCGGGAAAGAUUCCCCUGUUAAAUAUGAACAUCAGUCUGAAAGGAAUGAAUCUGGUGAUUUAAAGACGUUGUUUUCUGACAGCAGCAUGCAGCUUCCAUCGCAAUCCAUGGUAAGCAGAUUCCAUCCCUGUAUCUAUUUUGAGUUUUGUUUUAACUGGGCCGGCCUUGAUUUUAACUGCUAUUUAUUUGUGGCAAUGGAUACAACAGGGGAAGCAGAUGAAUUGGUGCUACGAAACUGGAAAUCUCAUGAUACCAGUGAAGGCAUGUCUGUGCUUGAUGAUCAUGAGGUAUUGUUCCCCAUGCUUCAGGUGGGAAGUCAUUAUUCUAAGUGGAUCAAUGUAAAGAAUCCUAGCCAAGAGCCAGUUGUAAUGCAGCUUAUACUAAACUCAGGAGAGAUUAUUGAUCGAUGCAAGAGCCCAGAUGGUCUUAUACAGCCUCCUUCAUCUGGUAGUUUGGUUUGUGAAAAAUCUCCUUCUCCGAGUAGGUAUGGGUUCUCUAUAGCAGAAAGUGCAUUGACAGAAGCUUACGUCCUUCCUAAUGGUAGAGCAUCUCUUGGACCAUUAUUGUUUCAACCUUCAAAUCGAUGCGAGUGGAAGAGUUCAGCCUUGAUAAGAAACAAUCUAUCUGGUGUGGAGUGGUUACAUCUGAGGGGCAUUGGAGGGUCACUUUCAUUGCUGCUGCUUGAAGAAUCUGAGCCUAUUCAGAGUGUAGAGUUCAACCUCAGCUUGCCGAUUCCUCUCAACAUUUCUUCCCCAGACUUGUUACUUCAUGUGGAAGAUACCACUCAUUCUUGUUUACAUCCAUUGUCAAAAGAGCUCUAUGCUAAGAAUACUGGGGACUUGCCACUGGAAGUUACAAGAAUCAAGGUAUCUGGAAAAGAGUGCGGGAUGGAUGGGUUUAUGGUACAGCCUUGCAAAGGUUUUUCUCUUCAACCUGGAGAAUCAGCUAAGGUUCUGAUAUCAUACCAGACUGAUUUUUCUGCACCAGUGGUACAACGAGAUCUAGAGCUGGCCUUGGGGACUGGGAAGGCCUUCUCGCUGAUAUCUGAAUCUGCAUUACUUGAGAAUUCUGACGAGCUAGAAGAUUCCGAACUGGGUAACCUCACUGUUAAAACUGGAAAGGAAAAGGGAAGAAGGCGCAGGAAGAGAAAGAGCACUGGUUCCAAAUUAACAGGACUUCUUGAACUUUCAAGUAGUCAGAGUGGUAAUUCCACUCCUUCAUCACCGAUGUCUCCAGUCACCUCCGUAACACCAAAGCAAACCUGGCAGCUAUCUCCUGAUGUGGUCCAAGUGGUUGAGGCUAGAAAUCCUUUUACUCAUGCAUCUCACCAACGCUGUCAGAAGAGUCAUGUUUUUAAAUCUGCUUUGAAGGAAAACUCAUCGAAGCCUGGGGUUCCUUUGAAGUAUUGCAAUAGCCACCCAACUUUUCCUUCUGAAGAGCAGCCUUCAGCCCCAAGAAAAACUCUGGCAAGACCUGUUUUGUUGCCUUCUGCCACCUUUCCUUGUUCCGGCAGGCCUGCACCUAUAGUGGGAACCUCAGCUAUUUCUCCACAUGCUAGAGCCCCUGGGUACAAACUCUAUGACCGGAAAAAUGUCAAAGCAGAAGAAAAGCCUCGUCUUGGGGAUGAAUAUACAUAUGACAUCUGGGGUGAUCACUUUUCUAGGCUUUUGUUGCGUAGGUCCAAGGAUACUAAUUCUCUGAGCUCCAUCAAUACAGAGAGUGACCCUGAUAGCUUCUUUGUAAAGGGUCCACAAACCCUCAUGGAAAACUCUCUACCAAGAUCUAAGGAGAAGAUGGAGACUCAGAGGAAGAACAGAGUGAUGGGUUCUGAGAGAACUGGGAUCAAUCGACGUAAAUCAAAUAGAGAAAGAAAAAUGGCAUUGCUGCAAGAUGUUGAUAAGCUGAAGAAGAAGCUGAGACAUGAAGAAAAUGUUCAUAGAGCUUUGGAGAGAGCUUUCACUAGACCAUUAGGGGCUUUGCCUCGUCUUCCUCCGUAUCUUCCUCCAUAUACAUUAGAACUUCUGGCUGAAGUAGCUGUUUUGGAAGAGGAGGUUGUUAGGCUUGAAGAACAGGUUGUGAAUUUUAGACAAGGUUUAUACCAGCAAGCUGUGUAUCUAUCUUCAAAGAGGAAUGUGGAAAAUUUGAGUGAGUCUCCAAUUGAGCUGGCCACCCCAAUUAGAAGUUCUAAGCAUCAGAGAUCAAAAUCUAUGUCACAUAAUGAGUUCACAUCAGUAAUAUCAGCCAGCAGGCCUAGUCAACCUUCUCUUGGUAGAAGUGCUUCUAGUCGAAAGCUACUGUCCACUGAUAUCACCUCCGGUAAUUGCUCUAGUAGGCAAGUCAGUAAUGGAAAACAAAUCACCAGGAAGCCCAUUUCAUCCUGCACACCUAUCUUAGAAGAUGUGAGAGGGAAAGAGAAUCGGUUGUGUACUAAUGCUGUGAGGGAUAAGCAAUCACCUGACAAGAAAAUUGCCAAAACUGUAUCAACACCAGUGAAGAAAACUCCCACCAAACAUGAAUCCAUGCCGAAGUGUUUGGAUCCUUUGAAGUUAGAGCUAGAGUGCAGGUUAGUAGACCAGGAAAAAGCACAUGAGAGUUCAUCUGGUUCUUCAGAUGAUAGGACAAUGGAUACAGAUACCACUCCGAAUAAAGUAUCCGAGGAGAUUGUAAAGUGCUUGUGUAGCAUUUUUGUGAGGAUGAGCACUUUGAAGGAUAAAGUAGAGGAAUUGGAGAAUGGAGAGACGGGGUUUCGAGAUCCUUAUGAGAUUGGUGUAGGAUCGAGACCAAUAGAUGUUGGUCCCUAUCAACAUCUUUGUUCAUUUGGUAUUGGUUCAAUUGAUCUCAACAGAACAACAAGUGCAUUGAUGCUGAUACACAGACUAAAGUCUCUACUUGAAAAGCUUGCUUCUGUGAACCUAGAGGGUCUAACUCAUCAAGAGAAGCUUGCAUUCUGGAUUAACACUUACAAUUCCUGCAUGAUGAAGGCUUUUCUGGAGCACGGGAUACCUGAGACUCCUGAAAUGGUUGUAGCACUAAUGCAAAAGGCAACAAUAGCUGUUGGGGGACAUUCUCUGAAUCCAAUUACAAUUGAGCAUUUCAUUUUGAGAUUGCCUUAUCACUUAAAAUUUACAUGUCCCAAAGCUGCAAAGAAUGAUGAGAUGAAAGCUCGGAGCAUAUUCGGAUUAGAGUGGUCUGAACCCUUGGUUACAUUUGCACUUUCUUGUGGAAGCUGGUCCUCUCCUGCUGCGAGGGUGUACUCUGCAACUCAUGUCGAAGAAGAGUUAGAAGCAGCGAAAAGGGACUAUAUACAGGCAGCAGUUGGAUUUUCAAGUGAAAACAAGUUGAUAAUCCCCAAACUAUUGGAUUGGUAUCUACUUGACUUUGCAAAGGAUUUGGAGUCACUGGUUGAUUGGAUUUGCAUGCAGCUACCAAAUGAAUUGAGAAAUGAGGCAGUUAAAAGUCUUGAAAGAAGGGGAAGAGAGCCUUUUUCACAGUUGGUGCAAAUAAUGCCAUACAAUUUCAGUUUCAGGCUGCUCCUAAAGCGAUGA